AUGAAAACCAAAAGCAAUCCAAAGAAGAAAUAUAACAUUAAAAAGGAUGAGGCUACAGAUAAAUCUUCAAAACAAGAAUACUAUUGUCCGUUAUGUCGAGAAAAGUACGGAGAUACGGCUGAAGUGUGGAUUGAGUGUACAAUUUGUAAAUAUUGGUGGUACGAAGCCUGUACCAGUUACGAGAGUGGCAUAUUUACUUGUGAUCUAUGUGCAAUGGGUUAA